GCCCAGCUUUCCUCGUUCGCCAUGAAGAUCACCAUCCACCUACUCUUCGCACUUGCGUCAUCGGCCGCUUCAUUUUCUCUGCACGAGUCUAGACAAACAUCUUGUCAACCUCUCGGUGAACAUUGCCUUGCUGAUCCUGGCGAUUUCCCUCAAGACGGUUGCUGUAAAGGAUUCAGCUGUGAGCAACGCAGAGAUCCAUGUUUCGGUAUUCUGGGACCAUUCAAGUGUUAUGACAUGGCUGCUCCUGACGAGGAAUGCACUACAACGAGGACGAAGUGAUGGAAUUGAUCGUGGGGUCGGGUUGUGGUGCUGGUAGCGGAAGAUGCCGCGGUAGCUCUCUUGACAAUACUAUCGAUUGCCUAGCGCACGGAAGUCUAGCACAUCCCCAAG